GUGGCUGGUCUCCUCUCGAAUAACAUGUCUGUGUGUGCUUGAUGGAGCUCUGCAGUUCAUGUCAAGUCUGUUUUAACGAGAUAUGGCAGAAUCAGAAAUACAGAAGAUAAGCAGUGCCAUUACUGCAGUGUUUCCUGAUCUUCCUGAAGCAGUUCUGAAUUCAGUUAUAGACACAUUGAAGGCACUUGGUGCAGAGACCACAGAUGAUCUGAAGUACAUUACAGAAGGAGACUUGCUGCCAGCACUGAAGCCAAUACAAGCCAGAAGACUUGUUGUUUCCUGGGCGCAGAACAAUUCCGCCACUCCAACUCCAACCUCGGUAUGUCCCUCUCCAGUUUCUGCAUGCUCCACUCCACGUUCUGCCUCUCCCUCAACAUUGUCAACCACAUCUACCUCAUCAUCCCCAAGAGGCAGUUCAUCUUUUCAGCCAGGCUGGGCAGACAGUUUUCAAAUACCAUGGCAAAAGCUCCCUGAAGAGUUACUGCAAAGUCUGGAAAGACAGAAAAGACCUAGUCCACGGCUACGACGAGAGAUGAUUAGAAUUGUGGUUUCUGAAAUUAUGAAGGUGUGUAAUAACCCGACCAAACACAACACUACAGAGAUAGGCAAAAGAAUGGUGGCCAAGUAUCCUAAAUCGCUACAAGAUGUAAUUGAGGGUGAUGUAGUUGGAUCUGGAUAUCAUUCACUGGUCAAGCAACUUCAGGCACGAGUUGAGAAUGUCAAACGACCCAACACAUCAAAGAUUAAAAAACGUAAGGCAGUUUCAGAUGGAUCUGACACAGAGGAAAUUCCAGCUGAGCACAAAGCAAGUGUUCAAGACACAUAUGGCUGUGUAAAGUGGGAGCUGAAAUAUUUGCCACUCUCUGAGACUGAGGAUAGUCAGCAAGAAAAAAAAGAAAAGAUGAAGACUAUGUUUGAAGAGAUGAAUUACAGUACAGACGCCACAUCAACAAGGGGACCAGCAUAA